CUCAGGAAGGCGUCGUGCGUUGAAUUAAAAACACGAAGAGGGUGGGAGUCAUUUAAUUUUCCGGAAUUUGAUAGAUUUUCAUUGUUAAUUAAACUCACCGCUGAUGUCAUAAGAGAUGUGCACGUGCCCGACCUCGUGGCCAAGUCAUCACGAUACCUGCACACAGCUCAAUUACAGCCAUCCGCGUCUGGUAGACGGCUGCAUUCUUUAGGCCUACUGCUAUUGAACGUUUCGCUCCGUAUUGAGUGGUGUAACUUGUUGAUUUUGUCUUUCUCAAAAGGAAUCGAUUCUGCCCUUGCUCACCGCGUUAGCUCAUCACGUUCGUCCUAAUCCUCCCUCCGGCAAUAAAUAAGUGGUUGUCGGUUUUGUCACUCCAAGUACAAACAUGUUUGCUGAAGCUGCAUAAUGUCGCUAAAGAUUACGAUGUAAACGAAAGCGAGUCGUUUAGAACUUUAGACUGACCUCUUCUGGCUUGGGUGCCAAUGGUGAUCUCACUCAACCGCAAGUCCCAAGUAUAUGAGUUCACUACAAAGUUGCGUGUCGACUCAAUAAUCCCUCCAAGGCUACACACAACAAGUAUCACCUUUGUGGUAGAAGAUUAUUGUCCACCGAUGGUUAGACUGGCUCCCACCAUGGGAAUAUGGAAUUUCCACACCGGGCUCAGAGCUACCAGCAGCGUGUGAACCCGACGCUCGCGGGAACUCGUGCCAAGCCGGACGAGUGAGCGGGGAGCUCGGAGAUCGCGAACCUCCCGACCAGCGGCCCCCGGGCUGGGCGGACGUGCCGGGAGUGACCCUGGGGAGCGGCGAGCACCAGGAAGGGGAAGCGGAGGGGCGAGGCGACACGGAGCCGAUGGAGGUGGACACGAUGCUGUCCGAGCCCGACUACGGGGACGAAACCCCGGGCCUCAUCAAGCCCAAGAAGCUGAUUAACCCCGUGAAGGAGUCUCGUCGGCACCAGGACUUGCACCGGGAGCUGCUCAUGAAGAAUAAGCGGGGCCAGGGUCUGCAGCCCAAGCCCGAGCUGCUGCGUGUGCUCGACCAGCGCAAGUGGGAGCAGCGCGUGGGGCGCCAGCGGCACCACCUCCACCAUGACGAGGAGCCGGAGCCCAACGGCGCCCUGCAGCAGGAGCUGCUCAAGCGCUUCCAGCGCCUUGAGCAGCUGGACCGUGACCUCGAGUUCCCCGGCCCGGGGGAGGAGCAGCCGGGCGGCGGUUCCGGCGGAGCGACCAUCCCCGAGUUCAUCCGCGUGCGCGACAACUUGCGCCGCACGCGCAUCGUCACCAUGGAGACGGAGCAGGGCACGGCAUGACGCGUGCGGUGGGGGUGCGGAGGGGCGAGGGGGCGCCAGCGUCCACGACGACGACUGUGACGACUGUGACGACUGUGACGAUCCCGGGUCGGCACAGAGACCAGGGGGAGGACCCCGACGAGCGGAGCUUCCCGGGGGGAGCAGACUCGCACUCGGCACGGUGAACAGAGCCGAUGUUACGCACACACACACUGCGAGUGUCCUCUACACUGAAUGUGUAUAUAUAUAUGCGUGUGUCUGCGUGUGGGUUGUGUGGAGAGUGGACGUCUAGUGGUUCGAGAACCGUGCUAUGACUCACGUGACCCGAAUUAGAUUCCCAGCCACGGCUACCGUCAGCAAAACAUGUCUGAGUUGGUCGUGGGCCUAGUGUAGGUUGACUCGGCCAAAAACGAGUACCUCAUGUGGUCUGCAAACAGCACUGAGGAGACAAAGGUGGCCGGGCAAGAUGCUGGCAACACCACCGCCUUGUGCUCCAUAGGUGCUCGCUAACAGCACUUAUCCCGACAGUGUACGUCGGCUACAUGGGGGAUCUUUGCCUUUGUGUGUAAUGCAGCAGAGGGAAGCUAGCGAUGGUGAGGUGGGGUGGCACCAUUGGUGAUGGCUAUGUUGGCCUCUUGCCCUGAGAUGUCUGCGUCUACACACAUUGUGGAGAGGCUUGCAGCAUGGCGGAUAUCACAUUGAGCAGCAAUGCUGUCUACCUGAGUUAAAUUCCUGGCCACGUGUUACGUCGGCGGUGUGUGGGAUCUGACACGUUCCACCUAAAUCCGGUUGCUCAACCCCAUCGUGCGCCAUGCCGAUGGGUACGCGCCGACGGCACUCCCUGCCGUGGUCCGUUGGUUGGAGGUCAUGGCCCUGCCAGGGGUCAACUACACCCAGGAUCUCUGCAGGGCCAAGCAAAUGAGUUCCCACUUGUGCCCACUCUGCAAUUUACACCACAAACAGGGAGGCACUUUGGCUUAAUUACACACACAUCUAUUCUCGAAAACGGUGGCAAAAAUGUACAUUUGUACAUCCCGGUUAUGUUGAUAGCAGGCAAAAUAUAAUUAAAAUAAUGAACGCGAAGUACCUUCAGUCAUUUUUAAGCCUUUACGAAACAAGUUAGGAUUUGCGGUGUUCAUGGAACGUUGCAUGGCAUUAACGCACAGAUGCCAAAUGGUGAAGACAUGCAGGCGGAGGCAGGGGACGGUGCUCACGAUGCACCGCGUCGGUUUACACGCCACGGUACAUCAGCAAUCCCCACUGGUCAGCGCUGCCUGGGGAAGUGGGGGGGUGGGAACGGGACCGGUUCUGAAAUCACUCGCCAUGGAUGUUAGCCACGGCCAGGAAUCUCACUCGGCCAUGGCUGAGCGGUGGGUGAUAUCCAUUCGCGUUUAUUUAUUUGUAAUAUAUAUACAGAGCCGGCCAGGUCACACUCUGUAUGUGACUCUCAGUUGGAAAGUUGGAAGUUCAAAUCCAAAUGUGGAAAGUGACUUUCAUUCCGUCGUCCUUGGGGUCAUUAAAAUUAUAAUCAAAUUGGGGAACGUGAAUGCUCCUUGUCCUUUGGAGUGACGAUGCACCGACAUGGGAAUGUGGAAUUCCUAUCACUGGCGCAGGACCAUAAAUGGUUGUGAGUGCUGCCCACAGCUUGUUUGAAUGUUGUGACUGGUGUGACUGUUGUGACUGACUGUUGUGACUUGUGACUGACUGUU